CCUAUAUAUAUCAUCAUCAACAACAACAAACCCUAUCUUCCCCAAACCCUAGAAUCUAGCGGCGGCCAUGGCCAAGAAGAAGCACUCCACCGCGUCUACCACCGCCACAGCCACAACCACGGUGGCGGCGGCGGAGCCGAGGAAGGAACGGUCGGCGCCUGCGCCGGCGCCGGCGAGGGAUCCAUCGCCGGAGAAGGUGGAGAGCCUGAAGUCGCUGAACCACUUGCUCCUGAAGGAGACGGUGGAGCGGCGGGAGCAGGUGAGCCAGCUCCGCUCCCGCAUCGACGACCUCGCCUUCGACCACUCCUUCCUCUCCGCCGCCGAGCGCGACGUCGCCGGCCUCGUCCUCGCCUCCUACCUCGCCGACCUCCGCAGCCUCGCCGCCGCAAGGGAGCUCUCCGCCGACGCGAAGGCGCGGGACCUCGAAUCGACCCUCGCGUCCGUGGCCGUCCACAAGGAGGAGGCGAGAUCUCUCCAAGAGACCGCGAAUUCCUUAUCCGAAUCUCUAAAACGGGCCGAUGAGAAGUUAAAUCUUGCGGCGCGCGACAAGGAAGCGGUCCAGAACCAUCUAGAUUCGGUCCUCUCGGAGAGGGAUUCCAUCCGGAAGGAUCUUGAUAGCACGGGGAACGCGCUCGUCGAUCUCGAGUCCCGAGUUCGCGAGUUGGAGAUUUCGAACUCGGAGAUCGAAGAAACCCUCGGGCGAGUACGGAUGAAGAACGACGAAUUAUCGGAAUUGGUAAAGCGGAGAGAAGAAGCCCUUCAACUCUUGAUUCGCGAAAAGAACGCUAUAGAGGUAAAACUUGAAGAGCAGCGGAGAUCGGUCGCGAGCGUCGAGAAGAACGCGGAGGAAAGGGUGAGAGAGAAGCAAAUAGAAGUGGAGUCGCUGGCGGCCGAGAAGAAGGCGUUAGAGGCGAAGAUUUCGGCCUUGGAGGAGAGGUAUUGCUGCGUCGCUGAGAAGAACGAACAAUUACAAGACGAGGUUCAUGCGUUGAAGGAGGCCGUGAAUUUCCUCAAGGAGGAGGCGGCGGCGGAAGUGCAGAGCAAAUUAACCGAGAUUAGGGAGAGCCAUUCGAAGCUCGGCGACGAGCACGAAAGGCUUGUGAUGGAGUUUAGUUGUUUGGAGAAGGAGAAGGAAGAAAUUCAGCUUCGUUUUGAGGCGGAGAAGAUCGAAGCUUCGAGAGAGUUUGGACGUCUAAGACGCAUGCUGGAGGAUAUUCAAGAGGAGAAGGUCUUGAUUGAUGGUGUGAGGUCCGAGAAGGAGGCUGAAGUUAGUGAUCUAAAGAAUGAGCUUGCAAAGCUUCAAUCAGAUGUGUUGGACUUGCAGGAGAAGUGUAGAGAUUACGGCGAAACGAAUAAUAACUUGAGAGCUGACAGGGAUUCUAUUCAGAAGGCGCUCGAUCUCGAGAAGUCGGUAGCCAGUGAGCUGAAAUCACAGGUCGAGGAGCUAAAGAUGAUUAAAGAUGAGAAAGAACGAGAGCUUCGGGACGCUAAAACCGACAUGGAGGGGGAGGCGGAGAAAAUUGAGGGGUUGAGUCGGGAGCUUGAACUCCUGCAGCUUGCGCUGGUGGAAGCAGAGAGGAAGAAGGGAGGGGUUCGGACCUGGCUGUACCCAGCAACCACGGCAGCUUUUGCCGCGAUAUCCUUUGCCUGCGCAACAAGGGGGCGUUGAUCCUCCGUGUUUCUUGUCAGCUUUCUUUUCCUUUUUUUUACGGGACACAGUUUACUAUAUGCCUUGAUGAUACAGCAACUCGAUCAAAGUUUUGGGUUGCGGUUAGCUUUUGACGUCACCACCACGAUGGAUCAUUGUUGAUCUUUUAAUAUUUGAUUUUUCUUAUCUUGGCUAUUCAACUUCUUUUUGCCCCUUCUCUCGAUCAAACUUUUUAUAGUAAUUAGAAAGUUACGAGAUUAGACUCUUGAUAUUUAGUAAUUGCAUUCAUGUUACUCUAUUUUAUGCUCUUUCGAUCAUAAUGUCACCAAACUGAGAAUUGGUAUUUCA